GUGCCCACGCUGUCCUCGGAUCCCAGCCGUUCUGUUUCCGACACUGGGAAGCGGCGCCGCUUUACGGCACAGUGACGUGGACGUCAACACUGCAUCAUGGCGGAGCCGGAGGAAACGUCGUCGCUCUCCUCGCCUUCCCCUCCCGGAUCCCCGGCACCGGUCCCGCUGGAGGAGGCAGAGCCGGACACCUGGUGAGAGACACGGGGUGGGAGGCAGGGCCGGUGGGGGCUGUCAGUGUGUAUGGGGGACACAGUGUCAGACACAGAGCAGACAUGGCAAACACAGGAACACAACUCCCAUCCUGCAAAACAAACCCAGGAGCACAACUCCCAUCCUGCUAAACAAACCCAGGAGCACAACUCCCAUCCUGCUAAACAAACCCAGGAGCACAACUCCCAUCCUGCUAAACAAACCCAGGAGCACAACUCCCAUCCUGCUAAACAAACCCAGGAGCACAACUCCCAUCCUGCUAAACAAACCCAGGAGCACAACUCCCAUCCUGCUAAACAAACCCAGGAGCACAACUCCCAUCCUGCUAAACAAACCCAGGAGCACAACUCCCAUCCUGCUAAACAAACCCAGGAGCACAACUCCCAUCCUGCUAAACAAACCCAGGAACACAACUCCCAUCCUGCCAAGGCAGGAACACAACUCCCAUCCUGCUAAACAAACCCAGGAGCACAACUCCCAUCCUGCCAAGGCAGGAGCACAACUCCCAUCCUGCUAAACAAACCCAGGAGCACAACCCCCAUCCUGCCAAGGCAGGAGCACAACCCCCAUCCUGCUAAACAAACCCAGGAACACAACCCCUGAAGGGAACUAUUAUUCUCACCAGAACAACUACGUUAAACUGUAGUUGUUCUUGUGUCUAUAGUGUCCCUUUAAGGGAAUCAACACAGUAAAGGAGCAGACUAUAUUUAAAAGAAGAAAAACUACCACAGCAAGUGGACAUAGUCUUAAAUUAGAGGGGCAAAGGUUUAAAAAUAUCAGGAAGUAUUACUUUACUGAGAGGGUAAUGGAUGCAUGGAAUAGCCUUUCAGCUGAAGUGGUAGAGGUUAGCACAGUGAGGGAGUAUACGCAUUCGUGGGAUAGGCAUAAGGCCAGGGACUAAUGAACGUAUUUAGAAAAUUGGGCAGACUAGAUGGACUGAAUGGUUCUUAUCUCACAUAUGUCAAUUAUAUGUUUAAUGACUGGAUUGUUAUGAUGGCAUAGACUGUCAUUGGUACUUAAUGGGUUGAAGAGAAACUUUCACUUAGAUUUUGCACAUCCAAACUAAAACUGUGAUUUAUGAUCUUUCUUUCUUUUUAAAUCUCACUUUUUGUUUUUAAUUUACAUGAACAAGUUGGGCACAGCGCGUGAAUUAACCACUGCAGUGCCAUACACAUGACAUGAAUGUUGUGGUGCUAUAUAAUUAGUGCCCAAGUGAGCAUGCGUUAAUAUGGCAUUUCUCUGUAGAUGCAGAAGUGCUCCCAUAGCAUCAAAGGGUGAAGUGACAGAUCCUCUGUAUUAGGUGAAGGAUGUAGUGAUGAAAAUAGUUCAACAGAAGUUUAGUAAUUGUAUGUUUUAUCAGAGUUAUUUAUACUGUGCACACCAAACAUCAAACCACAAUGCUAAUGAAGGCUAACAUGCCACAGGUGCCUCUAGUGGCACUGAGAGGCCGUUGAUUUUAUCAAGCGGUAACCUGCCACUGCCCACCUUGAUUUCAUGGUGGGGUGAAGUAAGGGGGAGAGCACAAACACAGGAAGAGGUUACGCAGAUGUGAAGAGGGAAAGGGGGUAAAUGAGAAUGAAUUCAUGAAAGGUUGAAAAAACAAAAUAGGCAUUUCAGAUUCUGUUACUUUAUUUCUGGAGAAAAUUGGGCCUGUCUACUAACACUAUGUACCACUAGUGGCUACAUGUUUGUUGUAAUUUUAUUUUAUUUAUGUAUUCCAUAGCUAAAAGAUGUAUACUCCCUAUUGGUUAAAAUAAAGUGUUAUUUAUUUUGGGAGGUGAGUGAUUUAUUUAUUUUAUUACACCCGACUAUUGGCCACUGACAGUUGUGAAGUAGGAGAGGUGUUUGUUUCCUGUGGCAUUGCCCUUUAUCUGUCUUACUUUUAUUCUCUGUGAGAAUGAACUGAGGACAUGGUAUUAUGACAGUGAAAAUUGCCCUGACCACAUGCAUUGAGCCACAAGGAAGCAGGGAGACGGGUGCACUCAUCAGGAAAUGCACAUGCUGCAGCUAAAUCAGUAGGGCCCCUGGCAUCUUUUCUGAAGUUAGCAUGAGCCUUGAGUGGGUGACAGUUCUGGUUGGUCAGUAAGCAUUUCUAUAUUUAAUAUUGCUGCCCCCGUCUUCUACUUUUUCUCAUUAGUUAUAUCACUUAGUGUGUCUGUGUGGUUCCAAAAGCACAAAACUAGCAUAUAACGGCUUGUAAAUAAAUAAAAUAGCUGCUCAAAUCAUUUGUAUGAAACCCCUUAACACGAAUUGAACAAAUAUUAAAAGAGCUACACACUUUGGUGAGCCCCCCCCCCUUUUUUUAUUUUAUUUAUAAUUCCUUAUUUAACAUUGACAUAACUGACAUACAUAGGUAUUUGACAUUACGGUUAAGUACAGUGUUAAUAUGAACAAUUGGUGAUUACGUUUCACAACGUGUUCGAAUAACAGAACAUCACUGUUGCCACAUGGUGUAUUUUACAUGAUCUUUGGAUUUCAGGUACUCAUGUCUGGCUCUCUGGUAGUUAGAUCAUAGGUCAAUGUUUAUUUUUUUAAAAACAAAACAACAUAAACGGAAAGAAAAAAAUGAAGAGUUUUAACUCCACACCUCUGGGUCUGAGCUAUUUUUAUGCUUACGGAGUUCUGUAGUUCCUUUGCCCCUGUCCUAUCUCGCUGUCGAUGUACUCUAAAGAGGCUGGCUUCUCAUUUGGCCUUGACCCUGGUAGUGUACCUUGCUUAUUGUUUAUAGCGUCCGCUUAUUUGUGGUUUAUGAUACUCUUAUCAGCUGUUGUGAUAGCUAUAUGAAGUCCAGAGAUUUUAAUGCCGGCGUCUCCCUAGUAGGGUCAUCAGGUUUGGAUUUGGUCCCCUGAGCCUAGUCAGUUUUUCCAGAAGGUAUGGAGAGAGAGUGUAGAUGUUGAGAUGGAGGAAGAGAGAGAAAAGUGGGAAAUGAUACAGAGUGCGGGGGGUGAAACGGAGGGAGGGGCGCCCAGUCACUCUCUAUGUUCCCAGGGGGCAGCCCUCCCAUGGUUCCCAUAUUCUUUGAAAGGUCUUUUGGGUACCUUUCACCCUGGCUGUUAGAUCGUCCAUUAGAUGUACUUCUUUGAUUCUAGUGAUUACCCCUGUUACCGAGGGGAUACUCUGCUUGAGCCAAUCUGACGCAACUGCCCUCCUUGCUGCUAGGGUGAUUUUGUGUAUAAGUUUUUGUUCACUUCGAGUCCACCCAUCUAUUGGUCUGCUUAGUAAGUACAACCAUGGGUGGAGAGCCCCUUUUUACAGGCUGGGAUGGAUUUGUACGUUUAAAAUACUCAGAGCAGUGUUUUUAUUUUUCUUUCCUCUCGAUAUCUCAGUGUAUAGUGAAGCAUCGCUAUAUAUUGUAGAUCGGUGUGUUGUUCACUUAAGUACUUCACUGUUUGGUAUUUGUUCAUUUCUGUGUUGUUUUUGUUUCCCCUGUUUGUUUUGAAUGAAAAUUCUACAUUUUUAAAUGGCAGUGUUUCUGUGUGCAAGUUUACUGUAGAAAUGGCAGUGUUAAACUAGCAAGUUCAGUAGUGUUGCAGCAAUGCAAUGAUGGUGCUUGUAAGCACAGUAUAUCCAAAGUUCAGUUUAUAAUGGUGUGUGUCAUUACAUCUCUGGGUGUAUCUGUGUACCCUGUGCCCCUAAUUUGCCAAGGGUACAGCAGCUUAGAGUUUCUUUUCCAUUUUACAGAUUAAAGUUCCUUUUACUAUGGUCACAUGCUUACUAGCAAACUUUCUUCAAGCUGGGAUUGAUGACUGAACAAAUAAACACAAAGUUACUUAUCAAACAAAACCCAAAGUUCAGUGAGUGGAGUUUCACUGCUUCCCACAGAUAUCUAGUGAUGUCCUACAUUGAUGUAACAGGGGGAUUUUGGCAUUGUGAGUGCUCUCACAUCCGAAUGAAGCUUAGACAUCUGGCAGUCUACCAAAAGAAGAGUAGAUCUAUAUAAUGAAGAGAAAUGUCGUGACACAUUUUUCCUAAGGCCAUCUUUUUAAUCUUUUAUAUAGCUUUCCAUUCAUUUAGUGUUUGACAAUGGAUAUUCUCCUUCCAUUACAGCAAUUAUAAGUGAGAUGACAAUAGGUUUCAGGAUGUACAUAAACAAUGAAUGUGUUUACCUGGUAGAAGAGAGAGAAUACAUUAAAAUGGAUUCUAAAAUAUCAGAUAAACGUAAAGAAUCAAUCCGGGCACUAUAACAACUCAAUCUAAAUUUUGUCUUUUAUAGUUACUGGAGGUCAUGGUUGCCUUCUCACCUUUAAGAGGUUAAGCCGUUUAUAAAAAAAUAAUAAUUAUUAUUAUAUAUUAAAAAUCCUACAGAAUGCCAGUUUUUAGUUUUUUACCCAUGGGAACAAAUGUAAAUGGGAUACUCAGGAUUUAAAUAAAGUCAUUCCCUGUUGUGGGGGACAAAGUUGUCCCAUGAUGCAUUGGGUACACUCUGGCAUCUAUGUAAUAAUUCUGUACAAGCCUAUGCUCCCAGCAUUUUUUUCAGCAGUACCAUAUAGGUCUGCAUUGUGCUUAUGGGAGGGUUUACUAAAAUGCCAUGCCUGGCACAGCAUGUAAGUUAUAAUGAAGCCGAACAUUUUUAAAAAGAGACAUUUUUAUUAAAUGCUGCCAUCGUGUUUACUGAGGUGAAGAACAUAGAACUGGAACUUUUCUGGAAGGGACAGAUCUGCUUUAAUAAAUAAACCUUUAAUUGACAUUGGAUUUGCCUUUUGGAUAAAGAUAGCAAUCUUUUGUGUCUAGUGAGAAUUUGGAAAUGAAAUGCAAAGAAUCCACAAAACGUGUGUUAUUUUCUGUUCCCACUUACAUUCUGCACACUUGAUCUAACUCAAACACAAGAGGCAAUCAUUAUGUGCUCAGAAAAAUCUGCCUCCUUGCAAUUCAAGCCAAAUAUGACAUGCAGUAAAUCCACAUGCCUGCAUGUUUUUUCAUAAAUAAUAUAAUCUAAUUAUCGUAUUGAUUUAUCCGUGCAGUAGAAUGGGAUUAAGCCUUUUGCGUGUAAUGCAUUCAUACAAGAAAUUAAAGUUGUAGUUUUUUUUUUUUAUCCCCUGCUAAAUGUUAAUUCAUCUGUACUAGUAUAGCAAAAAAGAUGACGGUGGAUGCACAUACAUUCGUAAUGGUAAUUUCUCAUCCAAACAAAGCAUUACGAUUUGUUUCAGGAAUUCACUAUCCCUGACAUUACCAGAAACCCACAUAUCCCCCCCCCACCCCCCAUUUCUUCCUUGUUCAUAUUUUUGAAGUCACUUGUUUUGCUGAUCAGUAGAACCUGAAAGAAUUUUAGAUUCUGCUGAUAUUGCCUUGGUCACAGGUUAAACUUUCAGAAUUGUGCAGCUCUUGGAGCAUUGCUGGUGAGCAGUGUGACAGAGGUAUAACAGAUAUUUGGACAGGUUUUGCUGGAUUUGCAAUGAUCUCAUGACGAACUGCCUGGACUAGAGUAAGUAUGAGGAGAGUAUGGAACAGGCUAGGUUCUGUAUAUGUUAAAUCUGGAAUCAGAGCAUAGUCAGGAACAGGUGAGCGGAGGUACACGGACAUCAAGAUACUCUGAUCAAAAUGUGAAUAGUUAGGAUCUGGCAGGAAUCACUAUACAGGUAUAGGAGCACUCGAGCAAGGCUAUACAGGUAGUCUAAAUCAAGCUGGAUGCCAGGAUACAAGAGGGUAAUGCAGAUAGUCUGAAUCAAGCUGGAUGCCAGGAUACAAGAGGGUAAUGCAGAUAGUCUGAAUCAAGCUGGAUGCCAGGAUACAAGAGGGUAAUGCAGAUAGUCUGAAUCAAGCUGGAUGCCAGGAUACAAGAGGGUAAUGCAGAUAGUCUGAAUCAAGCUGGAUGCCAGGAUACAAGAGGGUAAUGCAGAUAGUCUGAAUCAAGCUGGAUGCCAGGAUACAAGAGGGUAAUGCAGAUAGUCUGAAUCAAGCUGGAUGCCAGGAUACAAGGGGGUAAUGCAGAUAGUCUGAAUCAAGCUGGAUGCCAGGAUACAAGGGGGUAAUGCAGAUAGUCUGAAUCAAGCUGGAUGCCAGGAUACAAGAGGGUAAUGCAGAUAGUAUGUAUUGUAUAGGAGUUGGUAAACUGAUACAAGACAAGCAGUGCAGAUUGUAUUGAUUAGGUAAGGGACCAAGCAAAUUUAUAUGUAUACUAGCAGAAAGCACUGCUAUCUUUCUUUAUUAGAUAGACUAUUUCAUACAAGGACAAAAUAUGCAUUUCAUUUUGGUUUAAUGCAAGGAUAUGGGGACAUUAGAGCAGGUCUAGGCAACCUCAGAUGAUGUGGCCUUCGUCUCCCAUAAUGCUCUUACAGCCACAAUGCUGGUAAAGCAUCAGGAAAGAUGUAGUCCACAACACCUAGAGUGCUGAAGGUUGCAUAAAACUGCACUAUAACAAAGUUAAACUUGUAGUUUGGAUGAGACUGGUAUUAGAACACAGAUAAUGUGUAAUAAUAAUAAUGCACACAGGGAAGUCUAUUGCAAGGGAAACAUUACUUUGCAUGCAUUCAUCUUAUAGAAAAAGGACCUCUGAUAUCACUUUCUUCAGUUUGUCCUUAAAGGGUGGGUUCUUUCUGCUCUGACAACGCACAUCUCUACUACUGACCGCAGAGAGGUUAAACUUCAUAUGUGCAGCACUUCAAAGUGAAACACUACACAUAAAGAAUUCAGGCACCAUGACCACUUCAUAGCACUGAAGUGGUUAUAGUGCUUGGCGUAACUCUUUUUGAGCACUAAUUAGGAUUCCUUCCAUAGAAGUCCAUGAGCAGUGAACAUCAGCAAGGGCACCACGGGAUCAGAGGUAGCCUAGAGCAGGGGACCAACUGUGUGGCAGCACUCUGAGAGACAAACAGGCAGGCAUCUCCCAGAGAGACCCAGUGAGCUUACCAAAGCUGCGUGUGUGGGCAUUAUACUGACAGUGAGCUUACCAAAGCUAUGUGUGUGGGCAUUACACUGACAGUGAACUUGUCAAAGCUAUGUGUGUGGGCAUUACACUGACAGUGAGCUUCUAUGUGUGUGGGCAUUACACUGACAGUGAGCUUCUAUGUGUGUGGGCAUUACACUGACAGUGAGCUUCUAUGUGUGUGGGCAUUACGCUGACACAGAAUUGAAGAAUGGGAAACAAUACAAUGUGAUUUCCUUUGUAUAAUCAAGGGGUGCCCCAAAUGUGGAUCCUCAGAUGAUGUGGAAUUACAACUCCAGCCUUUAGACCAGGGGUGUCCAAAAGGUAGAUCCCCAAAUGUUUUAAACCUACAUCUUCCAUGUGCUUUGCCAUUCCAAAGACAAGCAAAGCAUCAUGGGAGUUGUAGUUCUACAACAUAUGGGGAUCUACCUUUUGGGCAUGCAAUGUCUAUCUUUUAGCCCUACCGGUUUUUGCAUGCGACUUUUGUGUCUGCAACAGAAAGCAAAUGGUAAGAAAUAGAGGGGUACACUUCAUAAAACAAUAACCAUGCAAGCAAGGACAAUGGUCCAGUUUACGUAGUAACUGUGGCUGAUACCUGUGGUCCCAAUAACACAAUGCAGCAGGUAUUUAUCCCUCGACGUAUUUCAUUAAUGUAUUUGAUAGUAUGUGCUUGUGCAAAAACAUAAUUUGCUAAUUUGCAGUGUUUUCUACAUAAGCUGCACACGAUCUUACUCACAUCUGCAUAUUCUUUACGUCAAGUGAUGCAGUGUGAAUGAGAUUAACAAAUGCAAAGUAACUUUUAGUAUCUGUAGUUUUAAUUAUUAACUACUAUAGUACUGUUAUUGGUGUAAUAUGCAAGUACGGUCAGUGUAUACUUUCCUCUUCUUUUGACGUUUACAAAUCUGCACUGAAUACAAUGAAUGCUGUAACCCAGAAUUAUUGAACAUUUGCACACUUUUUCAAACAGAAGUCCUAUGUUUACAAAAGACUAAACACGACAUAUUCCUAUCUCUAGGUUAUAGUUCCGUUCCGGAUGCAGUGUAUACAGUGCCAGGCAUUGCUUUUUUUGGUUUAACCCCAUAAAAAUAGUGAUUAGCUACUCAUAGAGAAGUACUGAGCAUCUGCUCGUUACAUUGAUCCUUACAGUGUCACCUGCUUUUGGCUUUGAAUUAUGAACGUUAUUCACCAAUUGUAUUUUAAAAAUUUUAUAGUAUGGCUUUAACAUUAAUAUCGGAAUAUAUAAAAAAAAACUAAAAAUGAAAUGUUUUGCAGAACACAAUUUGAGGAAGCACUGUGAUUAGUCAGAGGGCAUGUGCUUACUCAGUUCACCUUACCAAGUACAUUCAGGAAGUGAAAAUCACAUCGUUGAUUACUUCUGUGUCAACAAAUCAUUAGUAUUGGAUUUUCAUUAGUACUGUAUUUUGGUUGCAUUUAAAAUCGGGGAUCUUUAAUAAGAUCAAUUGUAUUAGCUAUAAACAUUGGCAUUGUGUAAAUAGAACACACAUUUAUGCAAGUAUUUUUUUUAAUUAUUAUAGUACAUAUUUUUGGACUAUUUAUGCUAUUAGUUACUCUGACCCAUUGUAGUUAUACAAAUAUCGCUUGAUGUGCAUGGGUAGAGCUUGUUUGAUCUUCUCUUAACUUAUUCAGAAUAUUAAUUACGACCAUCAACUGCUUCUUCUUUAGUUAAAGGACCACUAAAGUUACCCAGGCAAUUUCAUCUCAAUGAAGUGGUCUGGGUGCAGUGGCUCUGUAGGUUUAUCCCUGCAGUGUAGAGCUUGCAGUUUUGGAGAAAGUAUUUUUUCUAUUGCAGGAGUUACACACUCCUACAAUGGCUGUCUUCCUAACCACCACUAGAGGUGCCCGGUAAUGGGAACUGCAACUGCAACCCUCCCCCCCCCCACCCUGUAAGAAAGCUGUCAAACAUAUUAUACCAGAAAAUAUGAUUUUUUAUUUAUUUUUCAUUACACACACUGCAGGUCACAAUUAAGAAAAUGGUAUCACGCCCAUUUGUGUACAUAUUAAAAACCAAACAGCUGAAAACUUUUUUUUGACAUUGAGAAAAGUUAAGAAAACAAGUUGUUAAUUGACACCCAAAUGCUUUAUUAGACAAUGCUGUAAUUGAAUUAACGACAAAACACUUCAACCACCAAUGCUUUCCUAUGGGGAGGCUGGAUGCAUGUGGUGCUUGCCACGUAUGCUUAUCAGCCACCCAACACUCUUCUAUAAGGAGCAUUGUGUUGGACCGACUCCAGAGGUAAGCAGCACCCAGGGAUCCUGUAAAAAGGGAAGUAAAAAGCUUUAUUUAAUGAUUUUAUGCCAGACGGGGAGACCAAUUUUUUGGCAGGGACCCAAAUUGUAUGCAUGGCUUUAGCUCCUGGUCCUAUAUAGACAGUAUAUACAGACACAUUGGGGGAUACAGCCAAUCCGACAAACAUAAAAGAAAAUAAUAGUGACGUAUCCUCUGGCACCACAAUAUAGAUGUAGAUAAAUAUGGCGCUUACAAGGUCCCAUAAAAAUAAUGCCUUGAACGUUGAACAAUAGCUCUUCAAGAUCUUGAUCCAGGUGUGCAGAUUGUAUAUCUCUGGUACACAGACACAAAACAAUAAUGCAUGAUGCUAAAACUGUUAAAAAAAUAAAAAUAAAAAAAAAUUUAUGCUACUUGAACUGAUGUAACACUGUAUAUACUGCUUUUAUUGUCCAAUCAAGCAUUAAACCCACGGAAUACCUGAUACCUCAAGUAAUAUGGAGCUGCUUCAUUGCUCCUUGACGGCAACACUUUUUUUUUUUUUGUUGUACCAGAUCUUUGGGAAGCUAUACGAUCAAUUACAUAUAUUUAUAUUUUGAUAGGGAGACAGAUCUUGCAGAGGCUCUGGAAGCAGGAGGCUGUGACCUUGAAACAGUACGGAACAUAAUCCAAAGACGACUAAUUCCGUCAGAUCUCAGGGCAAAAGUAUGGAAGGUAAGAUUCAACCACUGAACCAUCGUUUCUUUUUUAUCUUUUCAGUAUUAAAGAAACACACCAAGCACCUUAAUUACUCCACCACACUUUAGUGGUUAUGUUACUUGGAAUGAUCCUUGUUUUGGAGUCUCCAACGUUUUUGCAAUCAAUAUAGACAGGAGUUGUUUGAGUUAGUUCAUAUGAAUCUAUGCAUUUUUAAUGUUAACUUUACUCAAGCACAGAACCAUUUGGUACAAAGCAUCUAUUCAAAAUUUGUUAAUCUAAUUUUUGGUCCUCCCUUUUUGUCCACUCGGUAUAGAACACUUCAUUUUAUUCUCUGAAGUGAAAUGUACAAAUGUUUUUAAACCUCAAAAUACCUGAUGACUGAGGAUGAGCAAUGCCAUUGGUCUUUCGUAUUAAUCCUCAGAAAACAAAUUCCAGUCGAGUAGAGCCAAGUGUUCUUGAAAAUGCAUGCCACUGUAUCCUUAUCAGCUACCAGGCAUCAUGUGAAGUCUCUGAUGUACAGUUUUAUUUUAAAAAGGCCAUUGACAUUGAAAAUGCUUUAAAUGACAAUUGCUUAUAUGUUUGCUCUUAGAAGUGGUAGAGUCUCGAUGAAAACUAGAAUGUUAUUUCAGGUUUUAGUAGCACAUAAUUCAUCAACAUACAAAGAACGAGUGUCACGUGGAUCGGUAUGUUGGCGUCGGUGUUUGAAAUAAAAAGAGAGGUUAUGCACUAUGAAUCAAAAAUCUACUAAAUGAAGAUAAAGAAUUAAAAUUAUUUUUAGAUUUGCGCUUGUUAACUCCUGCCUUGAGGGGGUUUUAAAGGGAUAUCCUGUGUGGUGCAGUUUUUGGUAGACCUCCACUAUCAAAAACAGUAGGUUAAAGCUGGAUUAUAGUAUUAAUUUUUGUGCAUGUCGCUCUUUUCCCAAUUUUUUUUUUUUUUUUUAUACAUAUAUUGUAUGUUUUCAUAAAAGAAUAAUUUCAGUUAUUAGUGCUAGUAUGUAACACACCUGUACGUCGAAUAAUGUAAUAGAAUUACCUGUUUGAGACUCACAAAGUAGUAGCAGUCAUUAAAGCUCAAAUUGUAUGGCAUAGACCGGAUGAUUCUCCUCCUCCGUGUUUGUAGUGACACAUCCAGGACUGUUCUAACAAGUUUACUGCCGGCUUGCUUUCGAAUGUGUAAUAUAUGGUGGCUUAUAGUGUCACGUCUGAUGCAACCCAAAUGUAGUACACCACAUCCUUCUAUACUAGCUCUGUUUCAGACCACUAUCUUUUUUUUCUAAAUCUGCUAUUUUGGCCUAAGUUUUGAAAUUAACGUUGAAUUACCAGCAGUUAUCACUUUAGUGAACAAUGCAAGUAUGUUCCUGCCUUCUUGAGAUCCGUUUUGUAAAUACACACGUUUACUUUCUAAGUAUCUGACACUACCGACAAAGUCAGCAACACAAAAUUUUACUUUGGAUUUCUAUUCAUAGAUUGCACUAAACGUGGCAGGAAAAGGCGACAGUUUAGCCUCGUGGGAUGGUUCUUUAGAUCUUCCAGAACAGCCACUGAUUCACCAGGACUGUGAGAAUCUUAUCGGUAAGGCCAAGUGUAUUGCUGCCCUGUAAUGUUUAAUUCAUUCUCUGUAGGUAUAUCUUAUGUAGUGCCAGAGAAUUCCAAAGAGAAAUAGUUGUUGCUUUUCAAAUUCCUUUCACAUAAAAUUGGUGUUGGAAUAAGAAUAUUCUGUACACAUUUCAAGUGAGUAUCCCACUGUAGGAACUCUUAGUGACUCAUCCACCAGAUCCCAUUGUGAUCCCAUUCACCUUCAAGCUUACAGUGAUUAAAACACAUCAAGGAUUAUUCACUAAACUGAGGAUUGUACAGAAGGAAGUCCGCUUAAUUACUUGGUUUCUUUAAUUCAUUUUUUUACCCCCAACUGUAAUUGAUUUGGUCAACCUUUCCUGCGUACCCACUGUGACCAGGAAAAAACUAUCCAACUCCGUCCACUUCAGUUUUGUUUUUCAAAGUGAAAAAAAUGUCCACUCUAAAGCAUUGAUUUUUUUAUUUUUUUUCUCUGACCAAUGUAAGCUAAGCUUCAAUAUAUGUUAUAACAUCCAACCUGUUGUGCACCAUGCCCUCUAUUUGAAACAUUAAUUGCCUUAAAGUCAAUAUGCCAAAUGAAUGUCACAUUGACCUGCUUUGUACUUUAAUAUACGGCUGUGCCUCCUGCUCUGCUCAUUGCUUGGAACUGGCACCAAGUAGAGUUGCUUCACUUGUAUACCUGGCCAGUACACAGCAAUCAGUCAAAGACUAUGAUUGGGGAAAAAAAAAUGUUCUUUGAGUUUACUUAAAGGAACACUUCAACUUUUUUUUUUUAAGUUUGAUGUGUCCCUUUACUAUUCUAGUUGGUCCUUAUUUUGGAUUGUUCUUGGGGAAUGUGAAAUGUUUUAUUGUAAAAUCAUAUUAUAUAUUUAUCUUUACCACUUAUUGCAUACCAACAGUUAAUACCUGUUCUUUGGAUUUUGUCAGAUCAGCUCGCCAUACCAGAAGAUCAGAAAUCUGCAGUUCUGAAGGAUGUUGAAUCUGUUGUGACUUUUUACUGUAAAUCCCGCAAUGUUAAAUACCAUGAAGGUGUCAGUUGGAUCCAUCUUCUGAAGCCACUAGUGGACCUACAGUUGCCACGCAGUGAUUUAUACAAUUGCUUCUAUGCAAUCAUGAAUAAGUACAUCCCCAGGUAUGUUUUAUUGCAUCAAAAUAAUCAGAUUUUCCGCAGUAAAAUUGUAAGCCUAAUUGAAUAAUACUAGGAAUACUUUAUAGCCUUAGCCCUCAUUGUUGGUUUUAUUUAUUUAGUGCCAAUACAUUAUGCAGAUUGAUGUAUGGUUAGCAAAGGGAAUCUUGAAGAAGACCUACUGAUAUUCUAGAAUCUAAGUUUUGAGGCCACUUCUAGCUUAUGGUCGUGAAAUACUGAAAAGGGUGUGUUGAAGACUGGUUCUGUAGGUAAAGACAGAAUAGCUGUGUCAGCCAAUGAGUCACUAUCAGUAUAUUAGAAUGUCUGCAGAGAUUUGUAAAGAAAAUAAAAUGGGAUUGCACACAAUCGUAAAAAUCACAGGGUGCUAACUGAGCAUGGGUCAGCAUAUCCCAUAAGAGAAAGUAUAAAAUAAAAAAAUAUCAGGCAUCCACUGUGAUAGGUUAAGCAGAUUUAUUGGACCGUGCAACAUUUCGUCCUGUACCCGGAGAGAUUUCUAAUUUGAAGACUUUUGAUGAGACAUUAGGGUGAGAUCUUGGCAUACUACUUUUGUGAAAAGCUAGUGUAUAUAUUGACGAAAUGUUCUGGUAGACCCGAUACAGUGUAACAUUACAUACGCCUGGUAUGUAGUCCCGCACUAUUUUGUAAUAAAAUGGGCAACAGGAGUAGAAAUAAUUUAUGGUAGCAUUAACUAUAUUUACCCAGCACUUAGAAUAUCCUAGAAAAGUCUGGAUUGUUAAAGUUCCCCAAUUCACCUGGUUAGGCUGAUUCAAGUGAAAAACCCUGAUAGGAAAAAUAGCUUAAAAUUGAUUUGAACAUAAGACAUAAAAGGGUUCAGUCCAUGUUAAACUAAUAACCAUAAGAUACUUUACAUUCUAGUAAAAUAAAAAAUUAAAGGGACACUAUAGUCACCUGAACAACUUUAGCUUAAUGAAGCAGUUUUGGUAUAUAGAACAUGCCCCUGCAGCCUCACUGCUCAAUCCUAUGCCAUUUAGGAGUUAAAUCCCUUUGUUUAUGAACCCUAGUCACACCUCCCUGCAUGUGACUUGCACAGCCUUCCAUAAACACUUCCUGUAAAGAGAGCCCUAUUUAGGCUUUCUUUAUUGCAAGUUCUGUUUAAUUAAGAUUUUCUUAUCCCCUGCUAUGUUAAUAGCUUGCUAGACCCUGCAAGAGCCUCCUGUAUGUGAUUAAAGUUCAAUUUAGAGAUUGAGAUACAAUUAUUUAAGGUAAAUUACAUCUGUUUGAAAGUGAAACCAGUUUUUUUUCAUGCAGGCUCUGUCAAUCAUAGCAAGGGGAGGUGUGGCAAGGGCUGCAUAAACAUAAACAAAGCGAUUUAACUCCUAAAUGACAGUGAAUUGAGCAGUGAAAUUGCAGGGGAAUGAUCUAUACAAUAAAACUGCUUUAUUUAGCUAAAGUAAUUUAGGUGACUAUAGUGUUCCUUUAAACAUGAUUGUCAUGUAAGACUAGGUUACAAUAUUUAGUUGAGCCCUGCUGAAUAAAAUUUGUGUUCCAGUCUUGCUUUGGGCGAGCAAGAUUUCAUUUUUAUUACCGUGACUCACAGUGCAAAGUGCAUAGUUCAUUAUCAAAAGCUUAUGUUGGAAGACUCAGAUUAUUUCAGUUUGCUUCUUAUAAAUGUAGAACUGUUUUCAACUGUCUUGUUCUCACAUCAGUCGAGAUAGAUAGAUAGAUAUAUAUAUAUAUAUAUAUAUAUAAUCAGCAUUAUAACCGGGAAAAACCUACACAUACAAUUUAUUACCUUCAUGCACUACUUGCCUCCACUCCAUUUGUUUUAAUAGAAGCUCUGUACAGUUCAGAAUAUUUAAAUAGAAUUCAUUGUUAGGCAAAAGGAAGCCUCCAGAACGAGAACUCCCAUGAUGUUUCACAACUUUUUUGGCCUAAAAAAAAAGCUGUGAAAUAAAAUAAAUAAGUUUGCAGUGCAGAGGCUUUGUUGUAAAAUAUGUUGUAACAUGAUCUAUUUGCUCUCUACCUAAAAUUAGAAAGUGUUUUGUUUGGUACAUUACUGUAUGGCAGAGUGUCCAAUGAAUUACAGUAUAUCUGUUGGCACCUUUUAUAUUGCUUAAAAAUGUUUUAUUUUCUUUAGGGAUUGUUACAAAAAAGGAAAACCUUUUCAUUUAUUUCGGUUGCUCCUGCAGUACCACGAGCCAGAGCUAUGUUCCUUUCUAGACACAAAGAAGAUUACUCCUGAUCUCUAUGCACUAAAUUGGGUAACUAUGUAGCCAGAUUUGUUUCUAUGUUUGCCAUGUAUUUUGUGUGUUUCUUUCUGACUCUCCUGUUAUUAAUGAUAUGUCUGUUUCAGUUUGGGAGCCUCUUUGCAUAUCAUUGCCCAGUGGACGUCACGCAAGCUAUCUGGGACAGUUACUUACAGCAGGGGGAUCCGUUCAUUAUGUACUUCUUAAUGCUGAUCAUGCUCGUCAAUGCCAAGUGAGUGCCUCUAGUAAUGCCGUGAGCUGUCAAAAGUAAUUUACCGCUCUUUGAUCUGUGUCUUUUUCUUCUAUUAGGGAAAUUCUUCUUGCUCAAGAAACUGAUGGCAAAGAAGAAUAUAUAAGUAUGUUUGUUCUUUUAUUUUUUUCUUCAUUACUCAUUUAUUUUAAAAGGGAGUGAGAGCAUAAAAUGUAUAUAUUAUCAGUUAUUAGUGUUUUUUAUUUGUAAAGUAGCAGCUUAUCUCACAACACUACAUCUAAUAGCCUCUUAUACUACAAAGAAAACUAACUGAAUGUUUGUAAAAAUACUAUAAUUUUAAUGCAGAUUAUUUUGUAUAACGUCUUCUAAUGUAGUCCUGUCAUCCCCAGACUGUGCAUUACCAUAGUAUAAUAUAUUAAUUGAAGACUGAUCACUCACAGAAUUAGCUAAAGUAUGUUUCUGUGUAUUACAUUGGAAAGAGAACACAGUGGAUGGUUCAUUCUCUACCUGAACUCGUUACACAUGGCAGGUUUCAAUACAUCUGUUCUUCUCUUUAGAACUUCUGGAAAGCUCUCCUUCAAAUUUGGAAGCAGGGGAUAUUGAGGAUCUAUUUCAUUUAGCACAGUAUUACUACAGCAAGACGCCCGCUUCAUUUCGCAAGGUAAGUUACACAUCCCUGAAAUUUCCUGCUUUACUUGGUAUAAGGGAAGGUACGUCAGUUACAGGCUUUCUAAUUCCCCAUGCCAUUUCCUCCAGUUCAUCCAUACACCCUCACCCUUUCAGAAUAUUUGUUUACUUAGUGUUUUGCUGGGAAGAAUAUUUCCAAAUUCUUCUUUUUCUUUAUAGUUUGUUAGCCCUGGGGCAUUCAGUACAAGGUUACACAUUUAACAUACAGAAAACAUUGAUAACCAUUGGUGAUUAAUUCAGGUUUGGUUUCACUGAAGAUAGAGAUCUUCUCAGAGUACACAGUUUUGUGGAACAUUUGCUAUUUUCCAUAUGAGAAGGCUGCACUUCCUUGUUGAAACAAGACAUGGAAAGUUAGGUCCUGGGAGUGGAUCUGAUAUAAGGGCUUGGACAGGGUAGUGUGCGAACAGGGCCCUGCGUAAAAAAUCUUCACAGCGCUCUACUCUGGCCUCAUGCCCUCCCGGACCACACCCUCCAAUUAAUCCUUCUCACCAUUUAAAACCUCCUUAUUCACCCCACACAAAAAAAGAUUUAAAAGCUGUAUCAGAAUACUAAUUUUACAUAAGUGCAAUAUAAAUAUAGUUAUAUAGGUGUUUGCAAUUAAAAUUAGAAAAUAAAGAUUAAUUCACCUUUUUCCAGUGCCUCCCACAAUGUCAUGGAGGAGACAUUGCCUACUGCGCCAAUGUCCAAUCCAAUGCUUUUCACACAGGUGAAGCAAGCGUUGCGCACACAGUAAAAUGUUCCCAUAGGAACAUGCUUUCCUAUGGGGCUCCUGCAUCACGUGACCAAUUUAUACUUAGUCAGUGCAGCGGAAGCACCGCCAGUGGCUUUUAUACUGCCAGCAACUAGAGGUGGACUUAACUAUGCAAUUUAAACAUUGCAGUUUCUCAAAAACACAGGCCCACUGCACUCAGACCACUUCACCUCAAUGGUCUCGAUGACAAUAGUGUUACUUAAAGUAACAUAUUUUUUUAUUUAUAUAUAUAGACCAUUUGCUAUAUAUAUAUAUAUAUAUAUAGCAAAUGGUCUAUUUAAGAAAAGGAUGCACACCAACACAUACUCACUCUCAGUGACACAUAAACAUAGAACCACUGUCAGAUGCACUUAUCUACACCCACAAUGAUGCAUACAAUCAAUAACACAAACACUAACGGGCACUCACUGCCACACAACUCUGACCAAUCACUGCCCAAGGAGGGAUAUUUAAAUCCCUAGCUCAUUGCCCUGUCGUGGUUUCUGUUCCUGGUUCCAAAGAGUGCGUAUUCUUGUCCUUGUUAUUGAUAUUUCCGGUAUUCUGACUUUGGCUAUUCCUGACUACUCUAAUCUCUGGUUUCCCUGACUUGGCUUUCUUGUCGAUCUUGUGUGUUUCUGGCUUCCUUGAAUUCGGCUUUCCCUUGACCAUUCUCUGUCUUUCAACGUAUUAAUCCGGCCAUUCUAAGGACCGUUUUAUGUUCUGUCUAUUUUUCUAUUCUAUGUAGAUGUUACAUAGUUUUGCGUAUUGGAUCACAUUAGUCGUCGUGACACUGAGAGUUGCACUUUAUGACACACAGGCAUACAACAGUUUACAAAUGCAUAUUUCCACUGUGUGGUUUACAGAGACAUUAGUUUGACAGAUCCUACAGGAUUGUAAUGGUUGGAGCCUGGCAGCACUGACAGAGAUGGGGCACUAACACAGUUAAUAGAUAUAUCAGGUAAUAGAGUACUGACAUGCAGCAGCCAAUAGCUCCAUCCUCAGCCAUGCUCCCAUACCGGAUUGGCUGAUCUGCAGGGUGUCACACAGCAGCAGGGGAAGGAAGGCUGUGAGGUGCUGGCACUCCUCCGAGGGGAAUCUACAGGCAGCACAGAGGCAAUGAAAGAGGCCAGUGCUGUAAAAUGCAGGCAAGUGACUGUCAGCCAAGGACAGGAGGGAGGGGGCUGGAGGGGAAUGCUUACUGGAUGAGUAAGCACAGGGGCCUGUCAGCUUCCAGAGUGAAUGUCUGCUCCCUUACGGACUCCUCCUCCUUACCUCUGCAGCCACUUACAGCUCUUUUUAAACUGCAUUCAUCUUAUCAGGGAGCUGGGAGUUCAGUGAAGCCAGGAAUGUCCGUGAUCUGUGUGUUGCUUCAGCAUGACUACUGCCCCACGGCUCUCCUCCAUAUUGUGCAGCAGAGGGAGCAAGGGAAAAAUUAACAAGCCCUAGUGACCAAGCAUGCGCAAGCUGUGUUGGCUGCCCGGCGCCCCCGUUGCCAUAGCACCCUGUGCGGCAGCACAGCUCGCACACCCCAAAGGCCGGCCCUGUGUGGGAAUGUAUCUAUGAAGGGACUUGUUAACCAGGAUUGAUUAAUGUAAGGUAUGUCUAAAUCUGAGUGUGUGCUGUUUUGAUGCUUUUAAAGCAGCUCUGGCGUCUUUGCAUAUUUGCUGUGUGGUGGCCCAGGGCUGCAGUGCAGGGGAAGAUAUACUUACUUUGUUGGUGCCGCCAUCUUCAUUCUUCUGUUCCUAGUGCUUCAGCCGCCAGUAGCUCAUGUUGGAACAUGCGCAAGAGCACGCACUGAUGUCUAUUGAGGAUCUCGUUAGGCUGCUGGAGUCUGAAUGGAUUAGUCUCUCGAUCAGUGAGACAAUGCCCUUGCCCUUUUCCACACAGUCGUUACUAGUGAAUCCUGGAGGAAUUGACAUUGGUAACUCUGCCUUUUGUCAAGCAUAGGAAACAUCUUUUGACUGCAAUGCAAUUUCAAUGAAAUUCAAACAGUCAAUGUCAGUAUUUCAGAAAAUGUUUAUCUUUCUAAAAUACCAGUUUUGGGGUGGGAGUGACAGAGCCACGUUGACUGGGAAUUAGGUAGAAUUAGACCGUUCUUGCUAGUAAACUUGCUAUUCUAUGGGUUUUGAAAUGUUUGGAACUUACUUAAGGUGUGUCCCACCGUUGUAAUAUAGAUCGUGUUAACUUUUUUUCCUGUCUAGUCCACUGAAUUUCAUUUUCCAAGUAAAUAUUGCUUUUGAUUGUUUCUUUCUUUAUUUUGUAUGUUUUUAGUUUUAGCCAUAUCUGUAACAUAUUUAGAGCAUAAUACUUGAUGCAAAAUUGUGACUGAAGAACUAGAGGUGAAUUGUUAGGAGUCUACAUUUCCCUGUAUCACUACAAACCGUCUGUGCAGUCGGGGUGGUAGCUAAUUACUUUAUCUGCAAAAACUGCUUAGAUAAUUAUAAGCUUACCACUUAAAAUAUGUAUUGCAAGUGUAAUUUAAGUCAUACUAUUGGUGUAAGUUUUAUAUCUUGUAGUAUUUGAUGUAUCUGUAUCAUUCCCAGUUAUGUGAAUGUCUCUUCUUCUUUCUAGAAUCACAACAGUCUGUUCGGAAGCAGUUUGAUAGCUCUCAAAGAUGAUACAGACCUGAGCCAGGCCCUGUGUUUAUCAAUUUCUGUAUCGGAAAUUCUUCAAGCAAAUCAGCAGCAAGGGGUGAGUGAGUGAUACUCUGUAAUGGUUAAUGCCAGUGGACAGAAAAUAACAAAACGUAUCUAGAGGGUGAGAAAUGGAAUUAUCACAUAUCAAAAUAAAAAAAUCAAUAGAGCAUUGAAAAAUCUUGCUCCGUGGCCAUUUUGCUGAGGGGAAAUGUUUGACAUGGGUGAAUAAAUGACACUACUAAUGUAACAAAUUAACAGGUACCGAGGCACUAAUGAUAAACAUGUGAAAUCUUAAUGAGUUUUGAAUUGUUUUUAGUUUGCGUUGUAGAUCAUGUUAUUUAUUUUAUGUAAAGAUUAUUAAUUUGCCAUUGAUGCUGGAGUGUCAGUUGCCAUAUUGAUUCCAGUACUUAUUGGUUCCUGUAAUUUACACUUCGUUUGUUAUGAGAUCAAUACUGAAUGACUUAUACAGUGCACUAUACUAUCUUUAAUUUUAAGAGGGUGGACAAAAUAAUAGAAACCCCUAACAAGCACCUAGUGAGAAUCAAGGCCAACCUGUGGUACUGUGCUUAGGAAAAAACAAAACACCACAAUCUGGCCAAGUCCCUUUCCUGUUUUUAUAUAUUUUAUGUAAUUUUCUCUGCAAUAUAUUAUCGCUUCUUUAUAUGAACAUCCAUGGGAUUCUACCAACCCAGAUUUAUUUAAAGAAAUGCAAUACGCCUAUUUAGGUGGACACUGGAGCUGGAAUUCUGUAGUUUUGAAAAAUUUUAAAAAUUCACAUUUUACGUUCCUGCAAUCCCUACUCUUUUCAGCUUUAAAUGUGAGUUCUUGCCAAAUCAAGAUGUGAGUGGUCCUUGAUUUGAAUUUCUGAAGUACUGCUGAGCUUCAAAGGUUUUGUGGAGUUGUAGUUCAAUCAUUUUUCUUUCUAAUGUAAUUUUCUAACAACUAAACUACAACCUCAAGAAAACCAAGUCUUGACUUAAAGCUCAGCAGAAUUUUUGGAGCAGAAAAGAAAACCUUGCAGGUUGGGAGAGGGGGGCAAAGGAAAAAUAAUUAUCUUAGAAAAAAUAAAUAUCAAUGAAGAAGUUAUCCAGCACACCUAACUCUAACCUAACCUUAUAAUUUAUGAUUUAUGAUGUAAAACAUGUUUCAGGACGGAGUACGGUUCUUUGUGGUGGACUGUCGACCUGCAGAGCAGUACAAUUCUGGCCACCUCUCAACAGCCUUUCACUUGGAUUCUGACUUGGUAUGUAUAAGCCAUAAAUAUUUAAUUUGUCUUUGUGUAAUGUGUUCUUUUCCUUGUUUGUGUUUCAAAGCUUUGCUGUUGUGAAAAUGCCUGAUUUGAUUUUGUGAAUCAAGUACUGAAAUGUUCGGGAAAUGAGGAUAAAGUCAUAGUUCACUCACUGUGUUGUUUUCAUGUUUCUGAAAUUUGUAGAAUAUCGUUUUGACACUUGAAGAGAUAUUUAUAAUGUGAUACACACUAGUACCGCUGGUCUUAUUUCUCAUUUACAAAUGUAUUUUAUAUAUAUCAUUUUUUUUUUUUUUACAUUUUUUUAAACUGUCCGGUGUGUUUUGUUUAAUAGAUGCUGCAAAACCCAGGGGAAUUUGCUCUGUCUGUGAAAUCUCUUCUGGAAGCUCAGAAACAGUCCAUUGAGUCAGGCUCUGUGGCUGGCGGAGAGCACCUGUGCUUUAUGGGCAGUGGUAGGGAAGAGGAAGACAUGUACAUGAAUAUGGUCCUGGCUCAUUUUUUACAGGUACUUUUGUUCCCCUUUCAGUUUCUUUCAGAAAAUGUUCAUCGUCCAUGAUUAAACGUUGUAAUGAAAAUGACCCAAAAACAAACUGUUUACUGGAAAAAUAUUAUCAGAUUAACUCAACAUGUGUGUGCCCGUUUUCUUUUUUUUCCUUUUUGGUUUGCUUGCUUGCUUGCUUGCUUAUGUUUGUUUUUGUUUUUUUCUUUUGGAUUAUUUUUUUUUCUUGAUCACUUGCCCCUUUCGAGGAAUUUAUUUUUUCAUAAGCAAAUGAGACAAGUCAAACAUUUUUCUUUACCCUGAAUACAAAUCUGUGUCCACACAGAAGCUUCUCACACAGUUGAGCAUCUUACAGGUUUGCUCACGCUCUACUCUGAAUUUCAGACAAUUUAAUCCAAUUUGCAAAAUAUGGGCUAAAGUACCCAAGCUGAGACUAUAGCAGAUGUGGAGAGUUUUUCCAAAACAGUUAUUGUUUAUUUUAGUUAAGUUCAAAUGUAAUUCUUAGUGAAUAACCUCUUAAACGGUGUAUUUUUUUCCCCUUUUUGUUAAUUUAUACUUUAGAAUUUCUACAUAGUCUUGUAUGUUUACAGGAUUUUGCUUGCAAUAUUUUGCCUUCCAGAAAAUCGCCUGUUGGACAAGAUAGUGACUUUUUUUUCUGUCUUCCUUUUGUCUUUUGUCCACAGCCCGAGUUCCCACAGAGUAGUAAUUGAGGGACUGUAAAUUAAAUACAUUUCUCUGUAUAGAAAGAUGUUUUAAAAUAAAUGUUGAACUUGUUCAGUUUAAUUUUAUAUCUUUUUUUAACCCCUUCUCAUUUUUUCUUUUUUUAAAUAGUUUUUUUAAUAUAUAUAUAUAUUUUUUUUAUGUGCAGAAAAACAAAGAAUACGUCUGCAUAGCUAAAGGAGGAUUCAUGGGUGAGUUAUUUUUACCUUACAGAAUGAUCUGGCUAUUUGAUUUAUUAGACAGUUGUAUAUUUUCCUGAGUGAGUAUUCUGUGUGCUUUUGCCUCUAACAAAUUGUGGAUUCACGGAGUUAAUUAAAUCAAUUACAGCAAUACAAAUCUCAAUAGUAAUUCAAUAUUGGCUGUGCAGUUGCAUUACACAGGUAAAUUAUGAUCACUGACCAAAUAGUUCCGAUUUUAUGAAUUUACGUGUGCUACAUUGUUUAUUCUCAAACCUUUUUGGCAGUGCUGCAGCAGCAUUUAGCUGACAUCAACGUUGAUGGCCCAGACAAUGGAUAUGGACACUGGAUCAUUAGCACAACUGGAUCCCGGAGCAGCAUGAGUUCUUAUGCUGAUGUAAGUAUUUGAUGCUGUAUUAUCUUUACAUUUUGGCUUCACACAGGUCAAUUAACAGGAAACUAAUUGGAGAUCAAACAGGUUAGUUUAAAAACAGUACGCCGUUGUUUUGUUUGUUGCAAAUGAAGACACUACAAAGGGAGUCCUUUAUGAAGGAUAAUUCUGUUGGCAAAGUUUGAAAAGUGAAGCAAUGUCCAUGUGAACUUUUAGAAUGUUCAUACUAAUUGCUGCACAGUUAGCAUUUUGUCCAGAACUGCUUCAGCAUUUCAUUAGAGAUGUACACAGCCUUCAUCGCAGCCUAUCUUUCUCUCAUGCUGAGAUUCUGUCUAUGAACAAUUGCUUUCUUUGUGUUUCUGGUCCCACUGACUUGCGUUUCAGGCUGAAUGUUCCUGACUGUGCAAAAAUAAGUAACACAUUAAUCUUAUUAUAUGAGCAAAACUUACUUUGUUUUUCAUUUUUUAAACAAGAAAUUCUUACAGUUAGAAUUCAAGCUUUGAUUUGUAUAAAACAAAAAAAAAUGUUUCUCCUUACAGGGUGAUUCUUCUAAUGGAAUGGGAGAUGGGAAAGGGGUGAAGUCCCUUGUAAAUAAAAUGACAGUGGCUUUAAAAACAAAGUCUGUCAAUGUGAAAGAAAAAGUAAUCAGUUUCAUCGAGAACACAUCCACGCCAGUAGAAAGGUUGGUACCAUAUUGAUCAAGGCUACUCUUCUACCAUGCAUCUUCACUUUCUAAAUUUUAUAAACCCUGCAUGACAAAAUUUAGCUAAGCUAAUGUAACCAUAGUGCAAAGGUAAUUGCAAAAUACUGGAUGUUAUUUUAGGGGGGACUUGAGUGGGAGAAUGGGAUUAUUUUUCCCGUGUUCUUUUAGUAAGUAAUGGAGAAGCAAUUAUUGUGGGAAUGACUCAAUUGCAGUGGGAAAGAGAAACUAAUGCAUAUCAUUCACUUCCUCUAAAAAAAAAUGGACUAUUUAUUUGGAAUAUAGCGAUGUGAUCAACCAUGCGGCUAUCAUACAGAGCAUUGAAUCGAAAGAGCGAAUUACAAAAGUAUUGCUUGUAUCUUUUUAAGCGGUUGUGGGACAGUGACUGCAUUUGUCAACCAAUACAUGCAUUCGCAGUGCUCUGUGUUUGGAGAAUACAUAGUAAAACACAUUGUGCUGGAAGACGACCUGCCACGCAUAAAGCAUAUAGAUAAGAAGUCACCUUUAAAAUGGUAUAUUUUCCUCUACACGUUGUCCUGAUAAAGAUUGGCAACAAACAUAUGUCUGAAAAAACAAAAUGUGCUUUGCUGACUUAUUUCCUCCUCCGGCCCAGAUAGAUUUACUUGUGUAUAGGGCAUUUGCCUGCAAAUCAAUAUUUAUAAUAAAUAAUAAAAAAAUAAAAGUAAUAAAAUCCAAUCUAUCCUUUUUAAAUAAAAAAAAAAUAAAGAAUGCCUUCUUCCAGAAAUUUGGCUAAACUGUAUGUAGAUGGGAGUUUUUUGUUUUCAUGACCUCCAUGUAUUUUGGUUUUGUUAAACAAUUCUAUGAUAGCAAGAAUUAUCAAAAAAAGAUACUGUAUGUAUUUGGCAAUCGGCAAUUAUUAUUUGGAGUACACAGUGUUCUAAGGACAUACAUUAUCUUUUAUGACUAUUUGUUUAGUUUCUCUCUAUUUUUACAUUGACUUUUAGUUCAUUUUUUAAAUGUAACAUUUUGUGUAAAUAGAUAUUCUGUAUGAAUAUAACAAGUAGUUAAAGUCACAUAAGGGUAAUUUCAGCCUCUUCUUUCAAGAUGGGAAAAAAAAUGUUCAUGGUACUUGACUUUUCCAUAAUAAUGUUGGUGGCAGAGAUCUCAUUUUCCAGCCUGCCUCGUUAUGGCAAGAUCACAAUAGGGUAUUGCAAAGGACACAUUUAACAAAGGUGUUUGAUGCCUGUGCUGUUUUUUUUUUUUUUUUUUUAAACCAGUCGCUGCUUUGAAUUGAGCUGUGUUGAAAUGUCAGCUGGUGUCUCACAAAGGUUUCAUGUAACCCUUUCUGGUUUGUGUUCUGUGCCCCAAUUUGCAAUAGAAUCUCUUUCAAUCUUCCAUGGCCAGAGAGGGCGAGUUUGGAGCGGUAAGGCCUCAGUAGUGAGCUGUGAUCCCACCACCUCUGUACCUGAGCACAACGUCUCACUGUAUGCAAGCACGAAUUACACUGACAUCCUAUGCAAGCCAUGCUUCUACCUCUAGACUAAUUAGAAUAUGAAGGUUAAACCUCUUUACUCAACUAACUCUGGCAAGGUUGCCUGGUUAAUCGUCAAACAUCCAGUUCUUACAUUUGACUUUAAUAACUGGGAAUGCAUUUUAAUAUUUUUUCAUAGAGACAGAACCUUAUGAAGGUCUCUCUGACAAUCACUUACCAAGUGUUUCUACUAAUAAUUUUGCAAACAAUCCAGAAUCUGAUCCUUAUACUGUAAUCCAAUAUGGUUGCUGUGGCCUGUCAGUGUAAUUAAUGCUUUUGUCAUUAGUUUUCAAUAGUUGGAUGCACACCUCUACUACACCUUGACUUUAGCAUUCUCCUGACUGCACUUGAACACUAACAUUGUCUUCCAUCUACAGCUAAUCCACUUCUUGUCCAUAACAUUUCAGUCUUGAAUAUUUCAGUGCUUAUACUAAGCAGCAGAAUUUUGGUUUUAAGGUUGUUGUUUUUUUUUAAACUCUAAAUUCAGAAUAUAUUCCAUAACACGCUGUAGUGAAUAUGCCAGUGUUUGACUUGAUUGGCUGUUCAUUGGACAGACAGAAGCAAAACCAAACCCACAUUACAAUGAUGAAAAUAGUGAGAAUAGUCUCAACAUGUGUUCCUUUAUAGGAUGUGGAUUCCCUCUUUUUAGUUCCUGUAACCAUGUAUGUUCUUGUCUGGUCACUCAUCAAGCAGUGAUCCCUUCCAUUGCAUGUGAUUGCACGAUUGCUAACAUUGCAGUUCAGGGGAUUGAUGCUUCGUGAUCAUUAAAGGACCACUAUAGGCACCCAGACCACUUCAGCUUAAUGAAGUGGUCUGGGUGUCAGGUCCAGCUAGGUUUAACCCUUUUUUUGUAAACGUAGCAAUUUACAGCUGGAAAGGAGGUAAGCGAUUAACCCCUUCCUCCCCCCUCAGCGCCACGGGAGUGUGACCCUGAGGGUGGGGGCACCCUCAAGGCACUAUAGUGCCAGGAAAACAAGUAUGUUUUCCUGGCACUAUAGUGGUCCUUUAAGGAAAAAUGGUUCCAUUGUUCAUUACUGUUUUAUUUCUUAAAAUAUGCCAACAGAGUCUGUAGUGAUAAGCAACAUAAUAAUGCAGGCUAAGUGGGUGCUUUUCAAAAUUGAUGAAAACUGGCAUAAAUAAAUCAGGACACAUUACCAGGGGAUAAAUAAACAUAAGUUGUAAUUUGGUAAUAUUUCUUUACUCUAUAAAGUGCAACAAAACCAUUUUCUUGAAGUUUUAUGAGCAAUUAAAAGUAUGAACUGUUUUAUUAUGUAGAAUGAAUUUAUUAUAUGCAAGGGGAUUACAAUGAUUGUACUUAUUUAUAACUUGACUUUACGGAUACAAGUAAAAAGAAUUAGACACCCAUCUAUCAUAGUUAUAAGCCAUCAGUAACAUUUCUAAAGUUGUGUCCUGAUUUUAUGUCUUAUUUUUACAGAAUUGAGGCAGUCACCCAUAUAGCAAUACCUGACUCUUUAACAACAGAUAAAUUAUACCUGCUAUCAAUUGGUCAGAUACAGAUAAUACGUGGAUAACUAUUGUCAAUGGAUUGAAAAUGAAUUGCCCAUAUUGAUUUCUGAUAACAUAUAAAGUUAAUUAUCUUGUCUAAACUUGUAUAGAAUAAACAAAACAAAGCACACGCAGUUCUUCGAAUUUUAUUUGGGAUGCCACCGUAAAUACUUACCAAAAGUGAAAUUAGAGGGAAUUAGUAAUACUCCUUUCUCCUCCAUCAAUGAUCAGACAAUCACAGGAAGGAGAGAGAAUUAAAUCAAAUGUUAAAUAUUCCCAACCAUGGAAAUCAGAGGGAAAUCUGCCCCUACCGUAAAUUCUGUAUUACCAAUGCGGAUGAGAAGAGGGCAGUCUCUGGGUGUCGUGUUAGAAAUCACAUUUUCGGUUAAGCUGCUCUGAAUGUACCUGGUACAGCUCUCAGAGACUUGAAUCGACCCUUUUGGUGCCCCUAUUAUUUGUAUUAAUUGUGGCCAGAAAGACCAUAGAUUAAUGAAAAACAUUGGUACGUGUGCCCGUCUUCAUGGGAGCAGUAGAUUUGUAUGUGAGCCAAACAUUUACAGAUUUAUCUGCUAAAUGCAUUGGCCAUGUAGAUCUGAAUGUUUGUAUGGACUGUGCUUCUCGCCAUAUAUGCAAUAUUCAUAUGGGUAUACAUGCAUACAUGAAUUUGCGUUAAAGGGCCUUUUACAGUGAAUGUUUUUUACAUCUCUAUGCAGUAAACAUAAGACUUUGUCCAUCUCACUGCUUACUUUCAACUGCUGUGUUAAUGGUAAAACCGCAAUGUUAUCCUUUUAACAUCUAGUUGUCAGCCUAAUGUUUCCUGGAUGCCAUGCUUCACUUACAGCACUGCCUAAUUUUGCUUGCACUUUUGGUAAUAAAUGCUGUACUUUUGGGAGCGCACAGAAAACCCAAACCUGAACAGGCGGAAAAAAAGAUUAAAAAAAAAAAUACUUAUAUAAAAUUUUACCAACAGGCACAUAAGCAGCAGUGAUCGACUUGGAAAGCCGUAUCGUGGUGUAAAACCUGUAUUCAGCAUUGGUGAUGAAGAGGAAUAUGACACGGGUACGGCUAUAAAUAUCUUGUUUGAGAAUGCUGAUAUAUUCACUAAAAUCAAACUGUUUACUGACAGUCACUUGUGUAACCGACGUGUGAAUAAUUGUUUGAAGUCAAGCAGCGGUAAUGUAUUAAUAUUGGACCGUACUUGUUAGGCGUCCAGUCUGCCUUUUCAAAUCUUUAAUAUGUAUAUGAGGUGACUCUAUUGCAUGUGUACAUUAAGGAAAAGCUUAAACUAUAUUGAGUUUAGAAAUGUUUUUGUUUAAUUCAUAAGUUCAUGCACAAAGCAUGAAUGGAACAAACCAAAGUUAUAUGCCACACUUACAAUGUAUACAUUGUGCUUCUAUACAGUGUUUAUGCAGUUGUGCUUGCAGAACAUAAAUAGAUACACUUUUUAAAAAAAAGUUUUUUAUUUUAUUUAACGCACCAUUCACAAAUGAAAUCUAUAGCAUGAAACAAAAAAAAGUCACUUGGCUGGUUUCAAACACCUUCCUUUUCAUAUGGAAGGUCAGUAAGGGUUAAAUAAAAUCAAUCACGUAAACUGAUGUGCAACGUAAAAUAAAUAAAUAUAUAUAUAUAUUUAACUAAUCAAUGGUAGUGUGUGCAAUGUUUUGUGAACUGCAUAUGUGGCAUUUAAUCCUUUAAAUUUCUAAACAUAUGCCAGCGUAUUGUAACUCACACUUCCAAUCAUGUUUAAACCAGCCUAUUUCUCUGAGACUUUACUGGCUGGUCUUCUUGCAUAGCUUUAAAAGUACCAUGCAGCAAAAUAUAAACAUACAUAUAUACAGUACUGAGAGAUAUCUUUAAAUGCCAAUGCCAGUGCUAAAUACAAAAACUGUAUUUGUGCAAAGUUUGUCUCCUGCUGUAACUUGAUUCAAAUUGGCCUCUUUGCCAUCCUUUUCAGAUGAAAUUGACAGCUCCUCCAUGUCGGAUGAUGAUCGCAAAGAAAUUGUUAACAUCCAAACCUGGAUAAACAAACCUGACAUCAAACAUCAUUUUCCAUGUAACGAGGUGAAGGAAAAUGGUCACAUGUUUCCCAGGUAAGUGUAUCAGUGUAAAAAUGUAUGUUAAAGGAACACUUUGGGCACCUUAAUCUGAAUUAAACUUAAGUUGUUCCGUAUGCUAUAAUUAUUCUGCUUCUAUGAUGACAGUGUGAAACCUUGUCUGUUUACAUAUGGUGAGCAUGAAGUUACUUCCUCCUGCCGAGCUCACAUUUAUAGCUUUAAUAUGAAAAAAAUGUCUUUAGAUUUAUUUCAAGCACGGGUACUCAUUGAAAUAAAAAUAUCAAACAUAUUUCCCAAAUACAUUAGCUGCUGUUAGAGUUUAGUGCUAAUUUAUGUGAAACCUAAACAGGAAAUUGAUUUCACAUUUGUCCAGUGUCAUUUUGGUUGCUUUCUAUAUAACUGACUACAUCUGGACAUAAAGUAGAGAAAUAGACAUUGUAUAGAUAAAUAGCUAAUCAAUAAUAUUAAUGGGCCAUUUUCCAUUAACUAGAUUAGAACAAUCCAAAUCAGUCAUAGAGGACAAUAAAUUCAGAUUUGAUCCCCAAUACUAUUGAAAUCGAACUAGAUGAACUAUGCUGACUUUGCCCACACUCACUGUAUUUAAUUAUAAUCAUUAUUUGCCUACCUAUCCCUAUGGGCAACUUCAUUAUCAGUAUUACCGGUGAUUAUCGACCGAUACUUACAAAAAAUCAGAAUAUUCGCAAAACCGAUAAUCAGUCGAUCCCUGCUAAGCAGCAUUGUCCAAUAAUGUCUGCUGUGGAAUGGGAUUGCAAGUCUACAGACUGAUGCUAUACUGACAGCAAAAAUCAUGUUUUAUGUGAAAGUAUGGGCACUUCCCUACUUGUUUUUCAUAUGCAUAUAAUUCCUUUAUAUAAGUUUGGCUACCAGCACUAUUUUCUUCAUUCUCUAUAGUUACUAGAUUAUUUACAGAUCUGUUCUUGUAUUGAAAAAUUACAUGUGGUUAAAUGUGCAAUAAAAUGUACCUCUCCAAGUAAUGUGUGCAUGAUCCAUCCAAAUUUCUGUGUUUCAAUUUAUUUUUUCUUUAUCUUUAGUCAGGUGAGUGACAUGGUGUUUUAUCAGUGUACUAAAACAGUUCCGAAGCAUUCAUUUUCCUCUCUAUUUAAAUGUGCAUGUUUUUGCAAUGUUCGUGUGCAGACUCAAUCUUUUUGUUGUGUCUUUAAUAGCCACCUCCUGGUAACUGCAACCCACAUGUAUUGUCUGCGAGAAAUUCAGUCUAGAAAAGGAUUUGCCUAUAUACAGUCUCGGCAAGCAUUAAGCUCUGUUGUGAAGAUUACAUCAAAAAAGAAACAUCCAGAACUUAUCACCUUUAAAUAUGGAAACAGCAGUUCCUCUGGUGUUGAAAUAUUAGCUGUGGAAAGGUAAGAUCAGUCAUCCUGAGCGAGGGACAUAUGUCUUUUAAAGGAUUUACAAUGAACCAUUGCUGUGGAAAGGCUACUUAAACCUCUAAAACUAAGCUAAUCAUACUCCUUUCACAUAUUUAUAUUUUUUGUUCAAUGUUAGCCAUACUUAUAUCCAUUUUUUAUAUUUAGAAUUUGUGUUCAAUAAUAUCUUUUCUCAGUUUUACUAUUUAUUUUAUUAUUACUACUAAAUUUGGGUUAUUAAAACAAACCAUUCUCCUCUCUUCCAAGGUACUUAAUCCCAAACGCAGGAGAUGCUACCAAAGCCAUAAAACAGCAAAUCAUUAAAGUCCUCGAUGCCUUAGAAAGCUAACAACACGAUCUUUGGUAUAUUUCAAAUGAAUGCCGACUGCAGGAAAAGAGAACUUUGCUGGUGGGGUGAUACAAUAGUUUGACUUAUUUAAUUUUCCUGGGGUUCUAUUUCAUACCACUCCUUUUGCAUAAGUUUUUUGUAUAUUAAUUUUGAGACAAGCAUCAUUAUAUCUGACUUGACUGUUAGAAUAUAAAAUUCAUACAGGAGGUAUUUAACUAAAUUCUAAAAAAAAACAAAUGUAAGAUAAAUGAUGCAGUUUUUAAAAAAUAUCAGCAGAAACCUGUGUUAUUAUAUUCCAGAUGCUUGGAUUAAAAAGGAGGGGGAGCAGCUGUGAAUUUGGAUUUACAGUUUGCAAGUCUGCAAUGUGAAGCACAGGAAACGUUUCUUGAAAGGAUUCAGGGAUCUGUCAAAAUGGAGCUCUGAUGAGAGCCUACAGAAAGAUUUCCUGUUUAAUUUAAACCAAAUCUCUAGUACCUGCGCUGUACUAAACAAGUGGUAUUUCUAAUUCAGUUUACGACCAACUAGCUGCUAUGGUAAUGUAAUUGCCAUUAUUAAUUUGAUUACAGAUUUUAAGACCUUCAAUAGCUGAUGACGUACAUGGGAUGAUAAUUUACCAGGUGAAUAUUAACGGCUUGCACACUUCCAGAGGUUGAUUGACGUAAGGCCAAUUUCCACCUGCCUAGUUGACUAGGAAAAAGCAUUGCAGUUUAGAGAUUAUGCCUUGGGCUUGGAUGGUACUUGCCCCAGGAAUUGAAUGCAGAGUAAGGUUUCCACAACAGGGCUAUUAAAGACUUUCUGCUCCAUAGGGCCUUCUUUAGUUUCUGAGUAUGAAUGACCCAGUCACAUUAAGCUGGCUAGGUAAGGCCCUGAUAACUGGUGUCUUUUUAUUGAUGACUUUAUCACUACGGCUAAUGUACCUAAACAGUAACACUCCCUUAGUCUUAAACAUAAAGCAGCUUAAGUUGGCUUACCCUUUUCUAUGAACACAGUAUUUUUUUUCCUUCUGCUAAAUACUGCACUAAAUAAAUCGUUUUUUAUAAUUUUCAGAUGUAUAAAGCUGUAUACAGGGAAAAAAAAUGUUUCUUUAAUAUUAUGCCACUUUGAGGUGAAUAAAACCCAUAUGUGCAAUGUGUUAUCGGACAGCCCCAGAGGAGAUUGGGCUGAACUUUCACUGCCAGAAAUCCUGCAUUGUGUGAAAUUAAGAAAUAUUGGGCAUGGGGGAAUGUUUAUUAAGCACACAAGGCCAGAUUGAACCUUACAUGCAUUUAAUUUUUACCGAUUAAAACUAUAUAAAUAAAUAACAAAAUCCCAGGUACCGUGGGAUAAUGCAGAGAUGUCAAUGAAGAAAAUAGGCCUCAUUAAAAUUCUAAUGCUAAUUCGUAGUUUGAAUUUGUGAUAUUAACUUGUACAUUGCAUUAAACAGAAUAAUCCACAAUUGGUAAAUAAAACAUUAGUAAAAUCAUUUUAAGUGUAAGACACAAUAUUGUCUUGUUCCUUUUAUGCAUUCCUUCCUUAUUUUACUUGAUUAUAUACAGUAUAAAUGCAACAUUUUAUAUCUGUCACAGGAAAUAUAAGUAUUUUGUUAUUUAUUAUUCAA